GCCGCCAUGAUGAACAGAAGCGGCGUGAUGCGCUUGGAAACUCGAAGCCGAGCCAAGGAUGAUGUCAAACGGGUUAUGCUCUCAGUGGAGCGCGUAAGGAAAUGGGAAAAGAAAUGGGUUAACGUCGGUCCGAGCAGCUGUACGUUGAAAGUUUUCAAAUGGGUCCCGGUAAGUCAAGACCAGAGCAAGAAAGAGGAGAAAAGCAAAGUGAAAAAGCAUGUCACAACAAGUAAUGGUAACACUGAUGAGGGAGACAGAGACAAUCAGUCUGUUAGCUCAAGUGUUGGUGAAACUAAUGACAGUGCUGCAUCAUCCCCAAGUUCAUCUCAGCAGCAGUCUGUGGACUUGUUGACAGAUUCAUCUGUCAGAACCAAGUUUCAACCAGUGCAUCCUUUACAGCUGAGUAGUAACAAAAUAUCACAAGGGGAGAGCAGUGGUCCUCCAACAAGCACAAGUCCAAUCAAACGGCGAGCAAGUCAGGCUGAGGAGCUCCUGAAAGCAGAAGAGGCAGGAGUUAACUAUGAGGAAAGUGACAAAGGAAGUCUUGGUAAUGACGACAACUCUUGCAGUGCCUUUGAUAUCAAUGAGGACAGCAACUUAAGCAUGAAUGAUGCCAAUAAUGAUGACAAUGAAGUGGACAAUAGCUAUGUGAGCAAUGAGGAUGAUGAAAAUGAAGAUAAUGAAAUUGAUGAAGAGGAAAAUGAUGAUGAUAAUGAUGAUGAUGGUGGUAAUGGGGAUACCCAAAAUACCUAUGAAGGAGAUGAAAGCAACCUUGUGCCCUCCAUUGUAAGUGAAGAGAGUGCCACCAUUUCAUAUCGACUGGGAAUGGGAAUGAUCCCAGAUGAAGAGGACUCCACAGACUUUGAGAACACAAAUGACAGCUCAUUACAACCAGUAACAGAUCUGAUGGGUGUGGGAGAUGAGCCAUCUAACGAGGCUGAGCAAAUACCAUCUCAAACUACAACAGAUAUCUCAAGCAUGUUUGAGCAAGAUAGCAACCAGGAAGGAACUGACUGUCCAGCUCUAAAGAGACCUCGUACUGAGUCUCCCAGUGAAGAACGAGAACAAUAACAUUGUUAUAGUAGUUAAGUUUAAUUUCUUUUGUAGAAAAAGAUAGAAAUGAUAUUUAUAAGAUAAAAAAAGAAAAGAGAUAAGACAGAAAAUGUUGGUUACUAUUUAUUGGAGAACCAGAGUAAAGUUAAACAGCUUACAUUAAGCUUUCCUCAAAUGAAUACCGCAGUUGUUUUUGUGAAGAAAAUGUUUUACAAGGAACAUCAUAUCUAAAUUAUCAUUGUGGUUGACUGUCUUCUGUACACCUUUAUCAAAGGAACAUUUGCAAUUUAUGAUUUGGAGUCAAUUAUUCUGCUAUCCUUUGCAACAGGGGUUUUUUUUUUAUCAUUACAAUACUUCUUAUCCUUACUCUUACUGGUAAGUCAAUUUCUUGGCAAUGGGGUGCUUUUGGUUGGUUGGUACAAGGGACUUGAAAGAGGUACCAUGACCUUUUGAAAAUGAAUGCAAGUGUACCUGAGAAUAUUUUCCUUCUGUAUAGUUCAGGUGAUAUUUGGAAGUUCUUAAAAUAAGACCAAAGUGGAAUGUGUGUACAUAAAUAAAGAUUUUCUCCAAUGAA